AUACUGGACAGUGACGGAUAUUGAUUAUCACAAUUUACGAACACCGCGUCGUAUUUUUUGCAUGAUAUUUACGGUGUGGUUUUUUGCUGUCAUUGUAUCAUUGGCACCACAAUUUGGCUGGAAGGAUCCCGAGUAUAUGGAACGUAUUGAACAACAAAAAUGCAUGGUUUCGCAGGAUGUCAUUUAUCAGAUUUUUGCUACCUGUUGCUCCUUUUACGUUCCAUUAUUAAUGAUUUUAGUUCUGUACUGGAAAAUCUAUAAAAUAGCACGCAAACGUAUUCAGCGGCGUACAAAACGUUUGCAAUAUUCUCAGAGUACAACAAAAGAUGUG